UAAACAAAUGAGUUAAUACCGUUAACAGACGAGUAGCGGACGAGUGCGGACGAGUUGACAUGGGUAUUUGACGCCUGGUGAUGACAACCAUGAAAGCAUCCUAGAAGUUUUAUUUGUUGCAAUUCGUCAUAUAUAUCAACUUAUUCCUCUGUGGUUUCGAUAAUUGGCGUGGGAAUAACUGGAGAAAAAGGACGAUGACGCUUACAUUUGCCUCAAAAGUUAAAUUCAUAGAAUUUUGUAUGAUUCUCGAUAAAAUCUCCAAAGCGCAAGCUGCCACAAAAUCUAGCCAUUUGGAAUGUUUGAUCAAGCAAUGUCGCGAAUUCAGUGAGAAAUUGAAAAAGAAAGAUAAAGAAGCGGACACUUCAUUUUUUCCAAUACUGAGGCUGCUCCUGCCACAGCACGAUCGUGAGCGUGAGGCUUACGGUCUGAAAGAGACAGCUUUGGCAAAGUUAUAUGUACGAGUCUUAGCUCUUGGACAGACUAGCAAAGAUGCUCAGGAAUUACUGCACUACAAAGUUCCGAUAUCUGGAAAGCAAAGCGGUGGAGACUUUGCAGAGAUUGCAUAUUCAAUUUUGUGUAAACGUGUUCAAAUUCAAGAAAGUUCAAUGACUGUUGAACAAGUAAAUACGAUUCUAGACAAUAUUGCUGAGAAAAAUGCCAGCAACAGCAGUAAAGAUGGAGAAUUUCAACAACUUAUUCAACAAUUAAGUGCUGUUGAGCAAAAGUGGCUGAUCCGGAUUCUUCUCAAGGAUUUGAGAAUCGGACUUUCGCAGAAAAAAAUUCUAAAUGCCUAUCAUGCAGAUGCAGUGGCACUGUUUGACGUAUCAAUGAGCCUCCGUGUUGUAUGUGACAAGUUGCAGAACGCAGGCAUUGGAACAAAGUAUCAAAUAGAAAUUUUCUCCCCGUUCAAGCCAAUGCUACUGGAAAGGUAUAAAAUCGAUGAUAUUGGUAAAUUUUUUACCAAUCAAGAAUCAUAUUUGGUGGAGACAAAGCAUGACGGGGAGAGAUUUCAGUUGCACAUGAAAGAUGGCCAGUUCAGCUAUUUUUCCAGGAACGCAUAUAAUUUCACAGAAGCAUACGGUAAAUCUAAAUCUUCAGGUUUGCUAACUGGUAAAAUUGCGAAAUUGUUGAAACCUUCUUGCCGCUCCAUCAUUAUGGAUGGUGAAAUGAUGGGAUGGCACAAGGUUCAGCAGAGAUUUGGAUCCAAAGGAAUGAGUUUUGACGUGAAGAAAAUGACACCGACGAGCACACACCAGCCCUGCUUUAUUGCCUUUGACGUGAUCAUGUACAACGAAAAGCUCCUUGUUGACGAACCUUUAACGGAACGUCUAAAGGUGCUGAAGGAAGCUUUCGUCGAGGAAACGGGUGUCUUAGUCCGCAGCCAAACGAGACUAGUUAGCAGCAAAGUUGAAUUACUGGAUGCAUUUAACGAAAGUAUGGAUACUUUUGAAGAGGGAAUUGUUCUGAAGAAAUGUAACAGCACUUACAAACCAGGUGUUCGUAUGGGUAGCGAUUGCUAUAAGAUAAAGGCAGAGUAUUCUGCUGACCUUGUUGAAGAUAUGGAUUUAGUUAUUGUCGGAGGGUAUUACGGUGAAGGGAAAAUGAGGGGCCGCAUUAACAGUUUUCUUGUUGCGGUGGCGCAUUCUCAAAAUCCUGAAACAAUGAAUGACCUCAAGUUUCACACAGUCUCUUCGGUGCGGACUGGAAUCAAGAUAGAGGCGUUCGAAGAAUUGUUGUUGACAUUGGAGCCUCAUUGGGUUAAGAAAUGUCCUGACAAUGUUGUUGGACCAAAGAAAGACCCUCCUAAUUUGUGGAUUGAGCCAAAAAAUUCUAUAGUCUUGAAGUUACGUGCCACAGAAUUGGUGCAGUCAAGCUCUUAUCCAACUGGUUACAGUUUAAGAUUUCCUCGGGUUGUCGCAAUCAGAGGACGAGAUGAGAAGAGUUGGUGCGAAUGCUGCACGACAGAGGAAUUCCACUCACUUGUAAAGGGUCCUGGAGUAAUUCAAAAGCUAACAAAACGUCAUGUAACCGAACACGAUGUUAUGGAACAUCUUCCAGCAAUAUCUCCAAGAAAGACGAAAAACAAAACUAUCACAGUUCUAAACUACAAUCCUUGUCCGACGACCGCUGUCUCACGUAUCAGUCGACUGUUAGAUGACAAGGAGAUCUGUGUUGUGAACGGAAACGACGAGAUCUCCAAGGAGGACGUUGAAAAAAUUGUGCGUGAACACGGGGGAAGUAUAGUACAAAAUCCUGGUGGAAAGACUUUUUGCGCUAUUGUAGGAAAUGCUAACAAGCUUAAAGUAAAAAACAUGAUACAGGGUCAGAAGUACAAUGUUGUUAAUUUAGAGUGGCUUUUGCGUGCUACAAGACCAGAAAACUUUGCAAGCCUCCAGCCUUGGCUUCCAUGGGAACUGUUGUUUGCUACUGAGUCAACCAGAAGCCAUAUGUCAACAGUUUUCGAUGAUACAUAUGAUAGUUAUACGCAAGAUACGAAUAUAGAUGAUUUAAAGCGGUCUUUGGAAAGAGCUGCAGAAUUGGCAAAAGAUUCGCAGUUGACAAACAACCAGUACAAGGAAAUCGACAGGGAGCUGUUUGGUCAUGAAACAUCACCGUUCUCAGUGUUUCGUGGGAGCGUAGGAUAUUUUUGUACGAGCGAUAAACAACGAAAUCUCGAGUUUCGUUUCAUGGGUGGAACAGUUACUGGUAUACUUGACAAUCACGUGACUCAUAUCUUUGCCUUGAAGAACAGCAACAUUCCUGCAGAAAUUAGAAGGCUCGAGGCUGGAGAAUCGGCGACAAAGGUUCUCGACGAGCAAUGGAUAGCGGACUGCUUUCGCGAACGAAAAUUGCUCCCAGAGGACGAGUAUUCGAUCCACCAAAAUACCACGAACAGCUGUUAGAUUUAGUAAUAUUUAUUGUAUACUAACUCGAACGUUUUGUCAUGAUGGAAUAUCCUCACGAUUUUCAACGCUGACGUGUUCGGCUGAAGUUUUAACAGUCGUGAUACUUUUAUACAAAUUGUUUACACACUUUACCGAUGUUAUGCCAAAGUGUAACAACGGAAAUAAACCGAUUACGCCAUA